AUGGAGACGGAGAUGGAGAGCGCGCUGCGGUGCGUGAUGCGCUAUCGCGAGCAGGAGGAUGUAGAUCUUCGGUACAUGGCGGUGCGGGAGCUGUGCGGCGAACUGCGAAACCGGCAGGACCACGUGCUGCAGGGGCUGGACGGGCUGCCCGGGACGCUCAAGGCGGUGACGCAUGAGGUGAUCGUGCGGUCCCUGGACGACCAGUCGGAGGUGCAGGGCAUGGUGUGCCGGGAGCUGCUGGCGGGGAUCGGCGACUGCGCGGUGCCGUACGUAGUGGCGCAGCUGGUGGGCGAGCUCGGCGGCAGCGGCCAGGGGCGGCGGUGGGAGGUGGUGCUGCAGUACCUUAGGGCGGUGCUCGGGGGCGGCGGGCGGCGAGCACGUGACGUGGAUGAGGGGGACGUUGCGGCGUACGUGCGGGCGCUGGCGCGGGAGCGCGAGCCGUCGGCGCUGUGGCACCGGGUGCUAGCGGCGCUGUGCAGCGGGGGCACGGUGCAGAGCGACGAGCUGGUGGACGCGGUGUACGCGGAGGCGAGGCGGGCCGGGAGCGCGGACGCGCGCGGCGCGGUGGUGGCGGUGGUAGGCGGCGUGGGCGGCGCGCGCGCGGCGCGGGUGCUGGCGCGGUGUGAGGAUGCGGAGCUGCUGGAGCAGGUCGCGCGGGCGCACGCGCUGAAGUUUGGGCGCGUGUGGCCGGCGGUGGUGCGGCGGUGGGCGGUGGGCGAGCUGGGCAGCGGGCCGGCGGGGUUCCGACUGGUGCGGCACCUGUGUGUGCUGAUGCUGCGCGCGGACGCGGAGCUGCUGCGCGCGGUGUGCGCGCGCUGCGCGGAAGCGCUGGCAACCGCGGCUAGCUGGCACGCGGAGCCGACCGUCGGCGGGGGAGCCGCGGAGGAUGAUGCGGACGAUCUGCAGCUAUCGGACGAGGGCAGCGAGCUGAUGCUGAGCGAGGACGAGGACCAGGGCGCGGCGCGACAGCGCGACUGCGUGCAGCUGGGCGCGGCCGCGGUGGCGCUGCUGGGCGCGCUGCCGGCGCUGCCGGCCGAGACGGUGCAGGCGGUGCAACGGCUGCCGGCGCCGUUUGCAGCGGAGCUGCAGCCGCAGCUGGUGGCACUGACGGCGCGGCACGCGGCGUUCGUGGACUGGACGAUCCGGCAGUUCGGGGACGUUGCGCAGGAGGCGUUGCCAGCGCUCUCGCCGGCGCAGGCCGCAGAGCUGGCGGCGGCGCGGCCCGAGCGGAGCCGGUUCCUGGCGCCCGGCGACGGCAUCCCCGCGGAGCUGCGGGCGGCGGUGUACGCCCAUGCAAACUCCGGCUCCGUGCCGACCGAGCUGUUGCAGCAGUGGCAGAACAGGCGCGUCGCGUCGAAGCCGUAUGUCGACAGCACUCUGCGGCUGGUCGCCGACCUGUUGGCGCUGGACUCCGUGUCGCUGAACGUCCACCAGUGGUGCAUUGAGAUGCUGGCCUGGGUGGGCGACGAGUACGCGUUCUACCGCGCGACCGUGAUCCCACUCAUGAUCCCGCCGCUCAAGCCCCCGAAGCGCUUCGUCCACGUCAUGCAGGUCGGCACCAUGAAGCAACGCGAGGACGAGUCUACGCACAUCCGCGCGCUGGUGGCGCGGGCUCUGCUCUCGUGGCUGGAGGACGCCGCUGUCUCGUGGGACUACAACCAGGUCACGCACCUGCUGGAGUUGCUGAAGUACCCGCUGCGCGAUGUGCCGCUCAAGGGGAUCUCCCUUGAGAUUCUGGACAUGGCGGUCGAGCGCUACGGCGGUCUCCUCGCGCACUACGACGCCGAGCUUGUCCAGAGCGUCAUAGACCAGGCAUCUGUACAGUACCCAGCGGAAACCGCGCACCUAGCUGCGCGCUUUGCCCUCAUCGCCAGUAGUUUGUGA